AACUGAAAUAAUGAAUUAACUUUUUAAACGUAGCUAUACGUUUUCUAUGUUUCCAGAACCAUUGAAAUUGUAUAAUCAAUGAAGGUUCGCAACAUUCGUGUGCAUACUUGAUAUUGUAGUAAAUUUAUUGAAUAACAUACAUUCGUUAAAGUAGUUACUAGCGUCAUUGUUCUCCCGAAGAAAACAACAACAAAAGAAUGCUUGCAAUGGCAAGAUUUUUUAUUACAGUUUCCAGGACGAAUUAGAUUUUUUCUAAUUUCCCGGCGCCCCUUGUAGUGCCAUCGCAGAAUGUGACAGUUGACGCUUAACACUUGCUAGUGCAAAAGUUUUUGUGGUUGAUGUGUUGAAGUUUGUGUAUUUUAGGAGGUUGCUCAAACGUCAAUUAUAUCUUACAAUUAUGAAAAGAGUCAUACUGUUCAGAAAUGGAACUGAAGUUGAUGGGAAGGUUUUACUUGUUACUCAUUCUCUUGAAGAACUAUUGUCUUCUGCUAGUACCAAGUUUGGAAUAGUAGCAAAACGACUAUUCACAGCCCAGGGUGGUGAAAUUGAUGAUUUGAAAUUAAUUCGAGAUGAUGAUAUUCUGUACGUUGCAGAAAGUGAGAGUUUCAUUCCAGUAGGAUCAACAAUCAGAAGUUUUCCAUGUAUGAACAGUCAGUCUGCAUCACUGGUGACACCUAAUGACAGCAGCACUCCACUGUGUUCAAAAUUAAAUACAGAAUGGGUUACUUUGAAUGUUGGUGGCAAAUACUUCACAACUUCAAGAAGUACCUUGAUGACCAAGGAACCAAUGAGUAUGUUGGCUAGAAUGUUUGCAGAAGGAGACAAUGGUUUCAUAAUGACACCAAGUAAUGUUGAUAGAAAUGGAGCCUACCUUAUUGAUCGCAGUCCUACAUAUUUUGAACCCAUUUUGAAUUACCUCCGAAAUGGACAACUAAUUUUUGAUAAUAAUGUUAAUCCUGAAGGAAUUCUUGAAGAAGCAAGAUUUUUUGGGAUUGAGUCUUUGGUUCCACAGUUGGAAUCUCUAAUUCAGAGCAGUCAGCGGUCUCGUGAUAAUGUACCUCUGACAAGACGAGAUGUAGUGAAUGCUCUUAUUUUAACACCAUACACUGCAGAACUGAGGUUUCAAGGAGUCAACCUUGCUGGUUCAGACCUCUCACGAUUGGAUCUGCGCAACAUUAACUUCAAGUAUGCAUGUCUCCAUGGUUGCCGGAUGGUUGGAGCAAAUCUCAGUUGGUGUUGCUUGGAGAGGGCUGACCUAUCACAUGCUCAGCUCGAAGGAGCACAACUUCUAGGAGUGAAAAUGCUUUGUGCCAACCUAGAAGGUGCCAACCUCCGAGGCUGUAACUUUGAAGAUCCAGCGGGCAGUAGGGCAAAUAUGGAAGGUGUCAAUCUGAAGGGUGCAAACUUGGAAGGCAGCAACAUGGCUGGUGUGAAUCUUCGUGUUGCCACACUGAAAAAUGCAAACCUUCAGAACUGUGAUUUACGAGCUGCAGUGUUGGCAGGAGCAGAUCUUGAGAAUUGUGACCUCUCGGGCAGUGACUUACAUGAAGCCAAUUUGCGAGGGGCAAAUCUCAAAGAUGCAGCAUUUGAACUAAUGUUAACACCACUUCAUAUGUCACAGACAAUUCGUUAGUUGUGGUGUAAAAUUCUUACAUUUAAGUGGCGGAUUCAAAUCCUUCAUACAUGUAAAACUCAAGAACUGUUACUGGAGUAAAUCAUUUUAUAUAUUCUGUGCAAGAAUGUAUCAUGAGAAUUGUAGAACUUGUAACAGAUUUACUACUAUUUGGAUUUAAAAACUAAUUGCAUGCCUCUGCUAGUCAGCAUGUGUAUUGAGAGUUCUUAUACCCCUGACACAUGUAUCACAUACACUAAAGAAAUAUACAUCUUUUUUAUGCUUUCAAACAUGUGUCUCGCUUAAAACAACAUAACUUUAUGAAAGCAAGGAUGUUCUGUUUUGUUGGUCAUCAAGACCAAGUUUCUGUGGUACAAGAUCUUUUUUGAGCAGUUAAUAAUAAUUCAGCCAGUUAGGAGACUGCCUAAUUCAAUAUAACUUAUGAAUUUGUUAUAUUGUUUAUAAAAAAGGGUAUCCUGAGAUGGUUCAGUCAAUUUUACAUCUUGUUUACUGUAAGAGUUAAUAUUAUCCUCCAAUCUAUACAUUAGUCUCUCAAGUGAUCUCUCAUGGUUUUUAAACUAAAAUUUUGUAUGUAUUUCUUGUUUCCCUUAUGCAUGCCCCAUGCCUUACCCUUCUCAUCCUUCUAGAUUUAAUGACCCUUACAGUAUUAGAUGAUGAAUACAAAUUCUAAUGUUCUGUGGAGGUGGUAUGUGAUGUAUUUUAAAAUGACCACUGAAUUUUUAAUUCAAAAUAUUUGGCAAUAAAUGUAUUAAUAGUGAAUGGUUCAAGGAAGUGUUUUUCCUUAAUUGUAAAGGGAUGAUUGUAUACUUAUCACUUUCUUCAUAUUUGCAUGAUUUUUUUUUUCUUCUUCUUCCGAGUCAAACGAAUGUUGUACCUGAUAAAUCUUCUGUGUGUCUCAACUCAACUACCAUGAUGUGACAUAGUCUGUGUUUAGAAAGUAUCCAGUCUGAGUUGUAUUUGUGUCUUAGAGUUGUGACUUUUUCAUAAUAAUGUCUUGAAAAUGUAUAAAAUUGAAAUGAGUGAUUUGAGUAAUGUCAUUGACUAUUUGAUGUUAUGAUCUAAAAAAAUUGUGACAAGCACAUUUCUUGUUACACUUCAUAAACUGUAGAUUCAGUAUUUAUAUAAUAUUUGCUAUAUAACUGUCUUGAAGUAACUUACAGGAAUUUGUGUAUUGCUAUCGGAAUAUUUUAUAAUUGUGAUAUUCACUACCCACAGAUCUGACUCAGUUUCUGUAACACACACAUUUUAUUUAUCACUAGAUACAUGCAUGUUUGUAUUAAUAUAUUUUUACACAAAAGCACUACUUUUAAUUUCCUGAUGAGAAAGAGUAAAAAUGGACACCCCAGUUUACAUAUUAUUUUGGACUGCAUUUUUUGCAAUUUUGUAUAAUUCAUUGGUCUUCAUGUUUGUUUAUUGCUGUUCUAUUAAGGUUUAUUUACUGUUGUGAAGUGAGUCAGAGUUUAUAGAGUUAUAAAUUAUAUUUGAUUUAGUUUUGUUAUUGAAGAAUGUUUCUAAUUGUAUAUUUUAUGUUGUGUACCAGUUUCUUGUCUUUAAGUGUAUUGGGCUAACAUGGGCCAAAAUUAAAUAUUCCCAGUAGUUUUAGACUGCCAGUACCAGAUUUUCAUGUAAAUCUUUGAGUUGUAUCAGCUGUAAAACAUGGAUAGACUGAUAUGACGUCUUACUGUGAGUUAAUUUUAUGCUGUUUUUGCAUGGGGCACACAAAAAUAUAUUUCAGCAGCCUUCAGCUAAUUUUACUGCCAUUAAUGGUUUGAGUGGUAGGACAUAUAUGCAUAUGGUCUGUGCCACUUUAACAUGGAGACUGUUGGUUUGAAUCCUGCACAUGGCAUGGAUCUUUGGCCAGUUUUUUGUUCUGUUUAGGAAGAGACCAUGGUGGUGAAUAUGAAGAUUUAUUUCAUCACCAAGGGAGUCUUACUUGGCAUUGAGGCUACCAUCUAGAUUAGUGACUUAUGUUAUGAUUUAGUUUUAAAUAUUGAAUUCUUCAGAGUGAUCAUAACUUAGUUAGUCUAUGUUGUGAUUUUGUUAAAUUUUAAUUUUUUACAAAUGAACUCAUCCUAUAAUGCAAGGAAUUGAAUAGAGAAUAUAAACUGUAUUACCUCAUUUAAAAUGUUAUUUCAAUGGUGUAUUUCAUUGCAUUAGAUUAAUGAAAUUGAACAUUAUGUUCCCUCUUCUGUAUUUUGUUGUAAAAAGGAAGUAGGUAGAACACUCUGUCAGAGCAGUGUCUUAUUCUUAUAUAUACAUAUAUAUUUUUUGCCCUAUUGUAUGUGUUUAUUAUGACUGUAAUUUAUCAUUUCACUAUAUACAUAUAACAGAUACUUAUCUUUCAGAAUGAAGUAACAGUUUCAUAAUACACUGACUAAAAUGUUAAACACAACGAAUAAAUUUUGUAUAUAAAUAGUAGUAUAGAAUUUUCAGUUAAUUAUAGCUAUAAAACAUUU